AGUCCAUUAUGCAAAACCGGGAACUUAACGUGACAGUGAAGUCGACAGACAAGAGUUUAUUAAGGGAAUCAAUAUGCUUAGAAAAGAGACAUCACAGUCUUACCAAGAGUUCAAUGACGAUGACUGUACACGAACAUCUUAUCAAGAAAAUAAUAAUGGUGUGGAGCAAGAUGAAGCCGACAGCGUUGCUUUACCAGACGAAGACCCUGCUGACAACAACCCCUUGCCUUUGGCAUUUAACAAGGCCUGUCUAAAGAAUGUCUUCACAGCUCUGCUCGUUCUCAUCUACUUACUGUUAACUGCUGUGGCAGCAUUCUUGGCAUAUCAAACAAUCUCUGACUUCAUGGAAAAGCUCAACCACCCGGUGAUGUCUGUGUCAUAUAAAGAGGUGGACAUGUUUGCUCCACCAGGAAUCGCACUCUAUCCUGGAAAAGCUCAGUUAUUGAGCUGCACACACCAUUACCAUGAUCACAUCCUGCCUCAUGGGUCAGGAAGAAAGCUGCAGGAGGGAGAUUGCACAACAGAGGAGAUUAUCUACACUGGACCAUAUUCCAAUGACACAACGCGAGCUUUGGUCGUGCGGGGUCCAACCGACGUGAGGAACCGGGAACUGGUGUUUCUGCAGUUCAGUCGGAAUGAAACAGGAGAGGACUUCAGUGCAAUCAGUUACAUGCUUUUUGCCAGAUAUAGCGAUAUGGAAGGAAGCUCAGACAAGGCUGCCUUUAUGAUGGAAUGUGAGAAGAAUUAUUCAAUGUGGACCUUCUCUGGAGGGUUUCGAACCUGGGUCAAGAUGUCUUUGGUUAAGACAUCUGCAAAGGGCAAUGACUCUGUGGAAUUUCGGCAAGAGUCCAGUGUUGUUAAGUACAAUGAUAGAAGGCCUCAACAUGAGCAAGCAAAAGAGCUUUUCUUUGUUGUAUUCCAAUGGCGAGAUCCAUUCAUACAACAAGUCAAAGACAUAGUCACAGCUAACCCUUGGAACACUGUUGCCAUUUUGUGUGGUGUCUUCUUGGCACUUUUUAAGGCAGCCGACUUUGCUAAACUCAGCGUGAAGUGGAUGAUCAAAAUUCGCAAACGACAUCAAAAAUUAAAAAGUAGGGAAAUGAACCAAAUCAGCUAA